AUGACAAAUCAUAUAUUAACUGACGAAAAACUGCAGCGGUCUGAGAAAUGGAGAAUUGUAAAGAACGUCGGCGUUAUUUCUAUUGCUUAUAUGUUCUUUUUGACAUCAUAUGGAGGUGCUGCUAACCUACAGAGUUCUAUAAACGCGGAGGCGGGUUUGGGCACAGCAUCCCUGGCUGCAGUGUAUGCUGGCGGAAUUUUCUCUACUAUAUUCUUGUCGUCACUUAUCAUAAAUUGGCUUGGUGCAAAAUGGACGAUGUGCUGCGGCAUCAUGAUGUACGUUCCUUACAUAUUGAGCCAAGUGUACUCCAAGUUUUACACCUUGGUACCUGCUGGCCUCUUCUUGGGCGUGGGGUCUGCUCCAAUUUGGUGUGCUGUGUGCACCUAUCUGUCAGUGGCUGCACACGCCCAUAGUCUAAUAUCAAAAAUACCAGCGAAGGUGCUACUACAGACUUUUUUUGGAUACUUCUACAUGGUUUACCAGACGGGUCAAAUUUGGGGAAAUUUAUUUUCUUCACUAGUUCUUUCGGUAGAUAACAAACCAGCAGUGACUUCAGUAAACGAAACAAUGAUUCCGGAACUGUGUGGCGCCAACUUUCUAGUAGGCACCGAUACUCAUGACAAUCUACCUCCACAGUCACCCGAGAAAAUACAAAUGUUAUCAGGCGUUUAUCUUGGAUGCAUGUUCUUGUCGUUUGCUAUUAUUGCAAUAGGGUUAGAUUCAAUGAAAAGAUAUGAAUCUUGUCGUGAAGACACUGGCAAUAGACUGACGGGGAUCGCCCUCCUCGCUGCGACGUCGAAGCAGUUAACCAACCCUGACCAAUUGCUGUUCAAUGCCCUAUCCAUUUUCAUUGGACUUGAAGAGGCAUUCCUUAUUGCUGAUUUUACUGCUUCUUUUGUAUCGUGCGUUAUUGGCACUGGAUCAGUUGGCUACGUCAUGAUGACAUUCGGAAUAUCUGAUGCAGCAGGAUGCUUCGUCAAUGGUUACUUGGCUAAGGUAUUCGGUCGUAUGUCACUUGUCGUCAGCGCAUUCAUACUUCAUAUGGGAUUACUCUUGACUAUGCUACUAUGGCGGCCACGUGCUGGAGACGACUAUUUACUGUUCCUGUUAGCUCUACUGUGGGGUGUUAGCGACUCUAUUUGGAUAGUCCAAAUAAAUGCAUACUUCGGGAGCGUAUUUCAUGGUAAAGAAGAAGCGGCGUUUUCAAGUCUUCAACUAUUUGUAUCACUGGGGUACAUAAUCAUUUUUGUAUUUUCAUCUUAUGUGAGGACACGAUACAAGAUUUACCUACUCAUGUGUAGUUUAAUUCUGGGGAUGGUGGGAUAUUUUACAUUAGAGUACAAACAUAGAAAUGACAGAAAAAUAACAAAGGAAUUUGAAAACUUAAAUAAAGAUAACAACCAGGAAUCGGUGUUACUUAACGCAUGA